GUAUCGAUAACUACAUGUACCCCCACAUGUGGGCACGUGCUAGCGUGCGUCACUAGCCGCAUGUACGGCGGACAAAUAGUGCCACAGACGAAGCUGCAACGUCAACGUCAACCUUCAACACGGUAUCGAACCAAACCUUCCAUAGUCACCGAAACAGCAAGCGAUUAUAGAAAAAGUCUGCUCGGCUGUAUAACACAACACAUCCCACGCUAGUAAUCCGCCCUUAUGGCUACCCGUGGGCAAUUUAAUACCAAGAGCCCCACCGUAAAGCGCAUUCAAGCUACAGAACUUGCUUCCCAACCGUCCGCCGACUACUAUGCCGAACCUCUAGAUUCCAACCUCUUCGAGUGGCACUUCACCCUACGAGGCCCUCCGGCCCCAUCGCCUUACGCUGAAGGCAUCUACCACGGACGCAUCAUACUCCCAUCACAAUACCCGCUUCGUCCGCCGUCGUUCCGGUUCCUGACCCCGACCGGCCGUUUUGAGGUCAAUCGUGAGAUAUGCUUAUCGAUAAGUGACCACCAUGAAGAGUCAUGGCAGCCCGCUUGGGGAAUUCGAACUGCGCUCGUCGCGAUGAGGAGCUUCAUGGUCACAGACGCGGGUGGGCAGCUAGGAGGUCUGGAGUGCGGAAAGGAAGUCAGGGAGCGAAUGGCAAAGGAAGGAGCUGGAUGGAAAUGCAGCGUCUGCGCCAAAACAAAUGCAGAGAUACUCAAGGAGCGAGAAGACUUGGUUAAGGAAUCUGAAGGGGAACAGCAAGAGGAGACUGUUCCGGAAGAGCUGAGGCUGGCAUACCGGAGCGAUCUGGGAGUAAAGAAAGAUGAGGUGAAGCCGGACAAAGGAAAAGGCAAGGCCGUAGAUGCAUCAUCGACGGCACAAGCUCCUGUAGCUACGCCAGAGCUGGGGGCUGUCGCCGCAUCCUCAGCAGGAACUGCGCCAGUGACCCGUCCUGUGCCUACGAGAACAAGCCCCGCACCAAUUGUGCAUCAGCUACCCCGACAAAUCCCUGAUCGAUCGUUGGCAUGGAUUGAUACAUGCAUAUACGGCGUUGUUGCAGCACUGCUUGUCAUGGUUUUACGGAAGCUAUAUCUGUAAAAAUCGGCGGCACCCUUUUGACUUUAUGAGAUAUGAUGGUUUAAACACUGGCGUUAGAUACAGGUAGAUGGCGUUACUAUUUGGAGAGGACUUGGGUGAGACCCCCCUCCGCCUCUCGAGGAUUUCGAUAGAUAAACAGCGUAUUUCCAUGGAAAUUUCCCAGAUUGAGUUUAAGAGUUUUCUGACGGCGAAUUUUUUUUCUGAACAAAGCCAUGUCCGUGCUCGACAGUCAAGUGAUGGACGAGACGAAGCACGAUUCGAGCGACGGUAGCAGAAUUUGACAUAGGCUUUGCCAGUUGCAUAGUAACAAUCGAUACUCGGGAAGGGCCAAUCGAGAAGCGAGCUGGGAAGCGACUCGACGGGAAGAUGCUGGUUGAUUGCCCAGCAACAAAGACAAGCAUCGCCAUAAAUCCAGGCGCCUUUAGCAUUACCGGAUUGCACAAAGGUAGCUUUGUGCCUCUGGUCCUAGCUCGACUAAGUCGAUUGUCGGUGUACGGUUUCCACUUUCGCCUGUGCGCCCUCUGUGCGUUGUUGACUCGAAAUCUUUCGCCAAACAAACGACCGACCUACAAAUAUUCACCAGAUGCUCCCGUUUAUUCACCAGAGACGCGGACUCCUCCCGUCCAAUCCGCAUCUGUUCCUUUCACUGCGCUCGCCUUG